GCCUCUUCCUCCUUUUCCUCCUCUCAGGACUCAACAAUGAGACUCUCUCUGCAGAAUGAUGAAGCCUUUUUCUGCAGCCGUUCUCCCUGGCACCGCCAACCUCCUGCUGCCCUGCACCCAUCACACCAAUGGGAGCCCUGGGGGCGCAAAGAGUGUGUGGGGUUUUAUGUGUGUGUUUGUGAGAGAGAAAAGCAGACAGACUUUGAGACGCUGUAACCAAAGCUGAGGCCAGUUGGCAUCCUCACCCAUGGACUCUGAGGAAAGGAAUUCAAGAAUGUGGACGGGGAGGAGUACCAUGCAGAUAUGUCCACCUUGGCCUCGCCGGCCUCCCAGGGCAGCCCCGACGUUUACAUCCUGCCACUCACUGAGGUGUCCCUGCCCGUUGCCAAGCAACCUGCUCGAUCAGUCCAACUCCUGAAAUCCACAGAUCUCGGGCGACACAGUCUUCUCUACCUGAAAGAGAUCGGGAAUGGCUGGUUUGGGAAGGUUCUGCUCGGGGAGGUGAACGCGGGCCUAAAUACCACUGAAGUGGUUGUGAAGGAACUCAAAGCCAGUGCUAGCGUGCAGGACCAGAUGCACUUCCUGGAGGAAGCGCAGCUAUACCGAGCCCUCCAGCACCCUGCCCUGCUGCAGUGUUUGGCUCAGUGCACUGAGGUCACUCCCUACCUGCUGGUGAUGGAGUUUUGUCCACUGGGAGAUGUGAAGGGUUACCUCCGAAGCUGCAGGACUGCAGAAACCAUGACCCCUGAGCCCUUGAUUCUUCAGCGGAUGGCCUGUGACAUUGCCUCAGGACUCUUGCACCUGCACAAACACAACUUCACGCACAGUGACCUGGCUUUGAGGAACUGCUUAUUGACUGCUGAUGUCUCAGUGAAGAUUGGAGAUUAUGGCUUGUCCCACACUAAGUACAAGGAUGAUUACUAUGUGACAUCAGAUCAGAUGUACGUGCCGCUGCGCUGGAUCGCUCCUGAGCUCGUGGAUGAGGUGCAUGGAAACCUGCUGGUGGCUGAUCAGACCCAACAGAGCAACAUCUGGUCUCUGGGUGUGACUAUCUGGGAGCUGUUUGAACUGGGUAACCAGCCCUACAGACACUACUCUGACAGACAAGUCCUCACCUACGCUGUGAGGGAGCAGCAGUUGCGUCUGCCCAAACCGCUGCUCAACGUGCCCCUGGCUGAGCGCUGGUAUGAGGUGAUGCAGUUCUGCUGGCUCCAGCCUGAUCAGAGACCCAAUGCAGAGGAAGUCCACUUGUUGCUCAGCUACUUGUGUGCCAAGGGGGCCAGCGAGGCAGAGGAGGACUUCGAGAGGCGCUGGAACUCACUGCGUCCCAAUACUGGAUUCAACAGCCACCGUGGUGCCUCUGCAAUGUCACGAGACCACCCUUCAUCAACCUCCUCCUCGUUCCCUCUCCUUGAGCAGUUUUCAACAGGUGAUGGCUACCACUCAGAGUCUGGGGAUGACAUACUAACAGUCACUGAAACCAGCCAUGGCCUGAACUUUGAGUACAAGUGGGAACAAGCCAGGGCAGACCAGUCCUAUAGAGCCCCAGACUCCUCUAGUAGCCUGGGUCAGGUCAACCAUCAUUGCCAGGAAGCAUUUUACCCACCAGGGGGCAUUGUGGGAGGCUGCCCUAUGGAGAGCCUCAGCCAUGGAGUUUCUCCUUCCUACUUCCAACCAAAACAUUUACAUGCUCCUGGCGUACUUCCUGUCCUCAGUGCCCAUAGCCCCUCAGUAAGCAGUGAAUAUUAUAUCCGCAUUGAAGAGCCAGUGGAUUGUAACAUUGAUCCGGACUAUACCAUGUGUUCCUACAGCCCAGACUAUCAGGGUAGCAGUGGGAGCUUCCUUACUGGGAGUGCAGACUCAGGCGAGUGCAUGGCCUGCCCAUCACAGGCUAAGAACAUGGGUCCCUACUGGUCAGCAGACAUUCAUAAGUCAGAUAUCUACGACUCCAAUGACUCAAGUCCUGCCAUCUCCCUGACAAUGGAGCCCCUUUUGGGGCAAGUGUCGGACAGCAGCCCUCUGCGACCCUGGGAGUCUAGUCACUAUGUGUCCUAUAAAGACAGAGAUGGGGGUUACUACUAUGAGCACUCACCACCUUUGGGAAUAGGUCACUAUCUGGUUGGAGGUGAGCUCUCUCGUGAGCACCAUCAGGAAAGCUGGGGGUCAAGGAGCUUGCGUCAGGCCUUGGGUGAGUUGGAGAAUCCACUGGGUAUAUCCCCAUCUGUAAGCAGUCCACCUCAACAGCCCUACAGAGACGCAUACCUGGACACAAGUCAGUCCUCCAUCAUAGGAAAGAACGUGACUGGGGGCUACUACGACAUGAUGGGCUCCCUUAGGAAGACUAUGCCCAGCCACACCAGGCACAACAGCCACUCUGUCAGUAUCAACAUGGAGACAGAGAGGGCACUCUUCAUCGGGCACAGAGAGAGUGAGUCAGAGGAGGAAGAAGAAGAGGACAUAUUUGUGGAGAGACACACCUGCAACACCUGGCCAUCAAAACACCGCCACAGCAGUGUGGGUCACCACAGACGGGCAAGCCACAGCUGCAGACAGGACGCUUAUGUGGAUUUCCACUACACAAUGCCAAGUACAGACAUUGAAGACUCCUGGCCGGAAGAGCACAGCCUGGCUUUCCACUCACUACCCAAACCCAUUGAUUAUCUUGAGCCUCAUCAGGCCAAAGACAAUAGUGCCUGCCUUAGUCUGAGUAAACACCAUGCUAUGGUGCCUUCAGACAACUGCAACGCUUACAUCUACUUGUGCCAUGAGGGCGAGACUCAGUUGCCAACAUCUGGAGAGUGCUGCCACUCCCACUUUGUUGACCCACUUACUGGCUUGCCAGUCAGAAACAACAGCUAUAGUCACAGCUACAGUCACAGCAACUACAUCAGAGAUAAGAUAAUUGACAUCCCAAGCAAUGAGGAGAUGAUCAAUCUAUCACCAGCUCCAGGAGGUCCCAUUGUAGCCAAACCUACCUUGAUAAAGACUGAGGACAGUGGAGAGCAGUAUGUUGACCUUACAUCUGAUGAUACUCCACUGAAGGAGAAGAGGGAGGAUGUAAUCAAGGAAAAUCUAAUCAUGCAAAAACCAACAGAGCCUAAAAUAGAAGAGGUGACGCUGACAAUGACCAAAACCACUCCUCCUCCUUCAGACAACUUGCAUGUGAUGGUGGCCCUCACAGAUCCGCAGUCAGACUUGAGUCACACUGGAGAUAGUGGUGUCGACCGAGGCAGCUCCAAUGUUUGCCUCGCUGACAUCCUCGACUGCAGUGACGACGACGACGAUGACGAUGACGACAUCACAGACGAUAUCACUGAUGUUACCUCAGGCAUCUUCGCAGAUGAGUCCAGUGAGCUGAACGCUUCUCCUGCCUUCAAGUCACUACAGAAGCAGGUAGGAACUCCUGAUUCCAUGGAUUCCAUGGAUCUACCAUCUGCAGCUGGGUCUUGUGAAGGCUUCAGCCCUGCGUCCUCCCACCCUUCCAGCUCGCCUAAAGCUAUGGACAGUGGCUAUGACACAGAAAAUAAUGAGAGCCCUGAGUUUGUACCCAAAGAGCCUCACGAACCCCGUGAACAACCUCUGGGAAAGCCUACCAUUGAUACUAGCCUGGAGGAAGAUGAGGGGCUGGAGGAACAUGGAGUUGAAGCUAAAGCAGUGUCCACAAAGGGUGAACCAUCACUGGGUGAAGAUUCGGCCUCACAGACAGGUGACCACAUCUUCUUACCACUAAGUGAUGAGACCCCAUACAGAGACUCUGCUUACUUUUCAGACUAUGAGAAUGAAAGGCAGUCUAAGGAUGAAGGGGAAGAAUUAUCAGAGAGAGUAAGAGAUGAGCAAAAUGUUGAAAAGGAAGAGCAAAUGGAAGAAACAAAGGGUGAGAAAAGGAAGAAUAAAGAGGAGGAAGAACUUAAGGCCACUUCAGCAAACAAAGACAUUAAACUUGAAAUGAAACACAUAUUAACAGGAGGAACAGAAAUUUCUCCUCCACAAGAGAUGGAGCCAUAUUUGACAGAGGAGUGUGGCCAGGAUGAGGAACUGGGGCUGCCUCUGGAGCCCUCUGACACUGCUUCAAUAACAGAAGGAGGACUGGAUGAAUGGCCAUCCCAGGAGGAGAGCUCAUCUCUAGGAGACUGGGCCGCAGAGGUGGUGGGGGCCAUGGAAGAAGCCAUUGGGGCCCUAAAUGGAGAUUGUACCUCUAACAUCAAGGUAGAGGAGGAGGAAGCAGACGUUAUGAAAGACUCUAUUCAAACCUCAAAAACAACAGAAGAGCCAGAAAUCAUGUCAAUUCAAAACAGGACAUCAGGGACAUCCAGUGACAUCCCGCAUACUUUACCCAAAGAUGAGGUGGCCUUGCAACACACAACAAACACCAGGCGGUUUUCUUCUUCCUCUCCUCCACCUCCAUCCACUCCCCCUCCUCCACUUCCUACAACAGAGGGCCGAGGGUCUCCGGCUGAUGGGGAAGAGGCAGAUGAAGAGGACGGUGACACAGAUGACAGCGACGAGUCAGAUGAGGAGCUGCGAACCUAUAGUGUGCAGGAACAGAGCGGAGGGGAAGACAGCGAGGAUGAGUGUCACCCGGUGCCCAUUGUGGUGAGCGACGACAGCGAAGCCCACAAACUACGCAGCCUCCUUAAGAUGCCAACUCUGCUUACAACAGAGAACCUGGAGGAGGAGCUUGAACGAAAGAAGAAGACUGUGUCUUUCUUUGACGAUGUUACGGUCUAUCUGUUCGAUCAAGAAAGCCCAACUAAAGAGCUGGCUGAGCAUGGCUUCCCUUUGGGGGCAGAUGGUCAGAGUUCACGGAACAAAUCCCAAGAGAAGGUUAAUGCCUCAGAUGACUCUGAUGGGAACAUCUCAGAGGAGAGUGCAGGGUAUGAGUGGGAGGAUGACUUUCCCCUGCUGCCUCUACCAACAUCCUCAGUAUCCUCUGACUCUCCUCCAACCCGCUCCAUCCCCAAGGCCCCGGACACCAAACCAGCCGUGCAGUACUCCCGCUUCACUGUCUCUCCCUCCAACGUGUCCCGUUUUUCCAUCACUCACAUCUCUGACUCUGAUAUGGACUCAGCAGGAGGAAGCAGCGAAGAUGGAGAGAAAGAGUAACGAGCUGUGGAUAUUUACUGCCUCACUCUGACAGCAACUUGGCCUGCUAGCAUGACUUAUGAUUUAUUUUUUAACGUCAGGUUUUAGAAACACAAGACAGUGCCUCUUACCGCCUGUGGACACUUUUGAAAAAUCUGUCUUACCACAACGUCGGACUGACAUAAGCUGUUUAGAAUACUGAAAAGAGUAUGGUUAAUAUAUACAAUUUACAGAAUAGUAAUAUAUACUGUGUGUAUGAUGUAAAGACUCUAUGAAAGCAAAUGUGUGUUGAAUUCUGCAUAUGUUUCAGAUUACAGAGACAAAAUGGAAGGACAUGCCUUUGGAGAGCAUCACAUUUGCCACCUCUUUCACUUCUUAAUUUAUGAUAGGGAGUAUUGAUGAGUGUGGAACCACCUGGACAGUUUAACUGUUGUGCCAACUGUUGCAGAGUAAAAGACACAACAUCAGCUUUUUGGCUUUUUGACAAAGGAUCAGCACUUUGAACACGACUGUACAGCGCCACAGACUUUGUACUUUUUUGAAAACUGCUUUAACUUGUCUUAAUGAAAAUCAAUGAGAAUCCUUGAGGUAUCACAAGUAAUAUAAUGUUAAUAUUUGGGUUUAUUCAGAGACAAAGAACAUGCUAGUGUGACAGAAGGAAGCGAAGGGAAUUUUAAUGGCUCCUGUCGGUUACAGAAUGUUUUUUGUGGAAACAGCUGAUCGAACUCGGACAACCUGAAAUUUUGACUGUGACUUUUUCUUUCUUUUAUGUAUCAGGAUCACUGCUGUACUGUUUUACAUAAAUAUGUGGCUCAUUCUCUCAACCAAAUUGAGCGCCACCACUACCAACACAACCAACCCUUCUUUGUUGAAAAUCAAGCUCUACUCUGUCAAUAUAAUAAGAAGUGAAGGAAAAAGUUCAAGAUUUCAAGGUUUAACAGGUUUUUAAAAUAUAACAAUGCAUGGUUUCAUGUAAGUAGAAAACAGUACAAGAAUUUUCUGCUUAGAGACAAAUAAGGACAGUGUUUUUGUUUUCUAUUUUGGAGCAGAGACAGAAACACAUGGUCAUGGAAAUCCAUUUCCAUGUUGCAGGUCCAAAACAAAUUGGCAGCAAAAGGAGAUAUUCAGUAUUUGGACUGCUACAAAGACACUAGUUCUGCAGUAAUGACAUGGGCCAAUAGUCUUGGCAAUACAGAAGAAAUCUUCAUCACAGUAUGUGUAAUACUAUAUUACAAUAGUGAUAUACAGUGCAUCGUGACAUUGUACAUUUCCUGAACUUCAGUUAAGAAACCAAUAUAAUGUCUGUUUUUGAUGAAUCCAGUCAAGUUAAAUAUCUGACAAAUCAAAGUACUUCAUCACAUUGAUGCAAAAACCCCCGUAAAUCCAACAUUUCCAGAAAGCAGCAGUGCUAGUUGAUUUGCAACAAUAUCCACAAGUACUCAUACAGGCAGAGAUAUUAAAGGGACAGAUAACUUGGUACAAAUAAAUCUUUAACAUCCAUACUGUAUGUUUCGUAAUAACGCCCAACACAACAGGCCAGUAUUUCCAAAUACAAACCUGCCCAACAGUAUUAAAAGGCAGUGAAAUUAUAUUUUUGUCAGCACAGAGGUUAGUCUGAACAAAUGGGAUUUUUACAUAUGUAAAUCAGCACAUUAUACAUCCAGUAUUGACAAGCUUCAGCCCAUCUCUACCAUUUUAUCUGUUUGUAAGAGAAAUGAGAAUGAAUGCCUGACUAUUGUUACUGACACUGUUGCUGUACAUUGGCUACAAUGAGCUUGUUUGGAGCAGUUUUAUAUGAUUCUGUUGUUAGAAGCUGAACUGUUGGAAAAAAAAAACGUUUAAGUAUAAUUUGGUUUAUUUAAAAAAGGGAGACAAG